GAUUUAUUGUCAUGUAAAACCGACUUGCGUUCGGCUAUUGUUGCAAAGUGCGGGCAAGUUUAUUAACUGGCCCGCUGGCUUGGACUUGCACACACACACACGGCGCUGGGCAAAGCUACCAAGUGCCCUCUGCUCCGUCUUAGAGGGAACUCGCUGCGCCUUUUUUGAAACGAAUCCAAAGAGUUUUGUGUGACUCCGGUUCUGUCAGUCCGCUGAGUCUGCUGCUGAGGAGGGAGGUCUAUGUUCCAAAUGGAUUAUACCUACCUAAACUCGUACGAUUCAUGCAUGGCGGCGAUGGAAGCGUCAGCCUAUGCCGACUUCAGCCCCUGCAACCAGAACGCAAACUUCCAGUACAAUCACCUCAGGUCCACUUUUGGAGCGGGUCCCGUUUGCCCGACCCUCGCCUCGACUAACUGCAGCCUGGGUCCGCUGCGGGAGCACCAGAGCGCACCAUACACAUCAGUUCCGUACAAGUUUUUCACGGACCACGCCGGGAUCAACGAGAAGCGGAAACAGCGUCGGAUCCGUACCACGUUCACCAGCUUGCAGCUGAAAGAUCUGGAGAGGGUGUUCUCCGAGACCCACUACCCCGACAUCUACACCCGCGAGGAACUGGCCCUGAAGAUAGACCUGACCGAGGCUCGUGUGCAGGUUUGGUUCCAGAACCGGCGAGCCAAGUUCAGGAAGCAGGAGCGAGCGGCGAGCUCCAAAGGCAGCGGAGGCAAGAAGGGGGACCUCCUGUCCGAUGAGGAGGAGAGCAAAGAGGCCACGUGCAUCGACCCGGACAGCACGGCCAACCCGGCCUGCACCCCGCCCUCUGCACCGCCAACCGCCCCCCUCCCCGCUGGCCCUGUCUCCAGCACCAGCCCACACCCCCUCAGCCUGCCCAGUCCCAACGGCCCCAUGAAGGGCCCGGUGUGGAGCAGUGCGGAGAUACUCAAGGCACAGGCCUGGCAGGCCAGCGACAAUGUGGCUGGGCCAUUCGCAGGGGUGCUCUCCACCCUCCACAGAAAGACCAAUGCUCUCAAGCCCAACCUGUUCUAG